AUGCCUUGACGUCUACUUCCAAAAUUUUCGUCCUGAGUGAUCAGAGAGGGUGGAUGACUAAUUCAUGUAGUGUAGGUACGCCCUGUGCCCAGAAAAGAAAAGUGCAUUUUCCAGUCUUAAGGAGUGUGCUGUGCGUCCUCGGGCUGUCGCAAGCCUAGACAUGCCCGACACUGCCUCCAAUGAGCCCGGUUCGAAGGUUUCGGAUCCACAACAUUCCCAGAGACUCCUGAGAGUCCUUCGCACCUUUUGGCAGGAGCAAAGUUUCCACGAUGCCCUGCUGGUGGUGGACGGAGAGGAGCUUCCUGUCCAGAAAAAUAUCCUGGCUGCUGCCAGCCCCUACAUCAGGACCAAGCUGAACUACAACCCUCCAAAGGAAGAUGGGUCUACUUACAGAAUCGAGCUGCAGGGGGUUUCUAUGGCCAUCAUGAAACAAAUCCUGGACUACAUCUUCAGCGGUGAAAUCACACUGAGAGAAGAGACCAUCCAGGACAUGGUGCAGGCAUCCGACCUUCUCCUCAUGACCGACCUCAAGUCUCUGUGCUGCCAGUUCUUGGAGAGCUGCAUCACUGCAGAGAACUGCAUUGGUAUCCGCCUCUUCUCUCUGCACUAUUGCCUCUACCAUGUGCACUACGUCGCCACAGAGUUCCUGCAGACGCACUUCCGUGAUGUGGCGCUGACUGAGGAGUUCAGGGAGCUGCCACCGGACCGGCUCUGCGAGGUGCUGUCCAUGGAGAAGCUGAAUGUGGGCAACGAGAAGCAUGUGCUGGAGGCCGUGGUGCGGUGGUUCGCACACGACCCGGAUGAUCGCAGGGUACGCAUGAAGGAAGUGAUGUCUGCUGUGUGGCUGCAGGGUUUGGAUCUGAGCUACCUGAGAGAGCAGGCCAUGGGGGAGCCUCUGAUGAGGGAGGUGAUCAGAGAGUACUGUCAGCCGGUGCUGACACAGGGUCAGCUGCAGGGGGAGGCUAUGCUCGCUGCCUUCAAACCCAGAGGGUAUUCUGAGUGUAUCGUCAUCGCUGGAGGUGAGGAUCGCAAAACCAGGAAGCCGACAGCUGCGACGCGCUGCAUGUGUCCUCUGUAUGACGCCAACAGGCAGGCCUGGAUAGAGUUGAAGCCAAUGAGUGUCGCCCGCCUCAGCCAUGGGUUGGUUGCUGCCGGGGGGUUUCUGUUCGUGAUGGGUGGAACAGAUGAACACAACACAGUCCUGUCCAGUGGAGAGAAGUAUGACCCCGACUCCAACACCUGGAGCCCGAUUCCCCCAAUGCUACAGGCUCGUCAGAACUUCGGUGUGGUGGAGCUGGAUGGUCUGAUCUAUGUUCUUGGUGGAGAGAGUGAAGAGCUGGGGCUGAUUACUGUCGAGGUGUUCGACCCCUACUUCAAUACCUGGAAAAUGCAGACCAGUAUGACCAUGAUCCGCAAGGUCGGCUGCUACGCCUCCAUGAAUAAGAAGGUCUAUGCCAUUGGUGGGGGCUCCUACGGGAAGCUGUUUGACUCUGUUGAAUGCUUUGACCCCAAAACCCAGCAGUGGACGGGGCUGUGUCCUCUGAAAGAGAGAAGGUUUGGCUCAGUGGCGUGCGGCGUCGGUCAGGAGCUUUACGUGUUCGGUGGAGUCAGAAGCCAAGAGAACGACAACCCCGAGCAAAGACAAAUGACGACCUGCAAGUCUGAGUUCUACCAUGACGAGAUGAGGAGGUGGAUGUUCCUGGAUGACCAGAACCUGUGCAUCCAGACCAGCUCCUCCUUCGUCUACGGCGCCGUGCCCAUUGGAGCCAGUAUCUACGUGGUGGGGGACCUGGACACAGGCACAAACUUUGACUACAUCCGGGAGUUCCGGCGCACCACCGGGACGUGGCAUCGCACCAAGCAGAUGUUACCCAGCGACCUUUCCAAAACGGCCUGUGCCAACUUGCGCAUCGCCAAUUGUCGACUGUUCCGCCUUCAGCUGAGUCAGGGCAUGUUCCGGAUCAGAAUCUGACCCGAGACAGCAGCCGGCAGCUCUGUCCCGGCUCCAUGUGUCUCCACUUUUGCACACUGGUACGCUCUAUCUGCUGUAGGUCUGAGUUUAUAUACAAACACUAAAGCGCUGUAGUCGCUACGCUUUGAAGAUCUCGACUCCACUCAUUGGUUUAUACUCACGACCCUUUUGAUGUAUAUUUAUUGUAUGACCAAAUGGGAUAGACUUUAAUCUGAACACAUUUUUAGCUUUAUGGGUUUUAUGACAUUUUUCUUAUCUAAAUCUAUUUUCUUUGAAGUGUGGGAUCCUUUUUUUACAACUUUCUUUUAAAGGACAUUGCUCAUUUUGAAUGCUUUCUGGUUCUCGGUUACUUGGUGAGGGAUUCAUUAUACACCAGUCACUACCCCUUUAUUACACUAGAAAUCACGCUGCACAGUUUUUGCAGAGACAGCGAGGCCCGCUGUGGUGCCGCUUUAUUAAAGGAUCACUCUAGAUCAUUUCAAGGCUGCAAAUAUCCCAUUAUUAUCACCGUUAUGACGUUCCAGUUCAUGAUAACUUUGCACACGUCACCUUGUGGUAGAGAUACGAGGGAAGGAUGAGUCACACAUGAAAGCAAAGUAAAAAGUUGCAGCAGGAAUCAGCUGCCUUUUUGGUAAAUGCAUUAGACACUUGCCAGCUGACUCAGUCACAUGCAUAUUAAGCCUCACACGCUGGUUUGUUUUACGUGUGUGUGGAUGGAUAAUAUUCUGUUUGGCAUGUGCUGGUCACAGCAAAAACUGUAUGCAGAGUUCUGCUGCUGCAGUUCUCGAUGCUCAUGCUAAAGUUCAGAGAAGCCACAGGCUGCUCUGAACACUCGGUUUCAGGCAGGUAGCUAAGCUGAUGCUAAUUGUUAAUCAAAACUCUUUUUAGAUUUGCUGUUACGGUGAUCCCACCAGCAAACACGCCUUCCUUUACCAUCAACUUUUAAUGCAAGAUGCACAUUACACCACCUUAGUUCAUGUCUUUAGGUGAGGCCGAGGUCAACUAACCCCCAUGCUGCUGUGACAGAGUAAUGUAGAUAACUGACUAAUGAAAAGGUGUUUUAAAUCCAUCGUGGGGAGAGAAUAACUUUGGUUUUUACAGCCUAAAAAAACAUAAUACGGGCACUUUAGCAGCACUUUUAGUCUGAUUGGUGAUCCUCGUUGUUACGUGCUUAAACUGAACCCUAAUCAUCCCGCAACAGUUUGACAGUUUAGAAGAAGGAAGUAAAAUGAUUUUGUACAGGAAGCUGUAGGAGCACAGUUCUGAAUCCACAACCAAAGAUUUCACAAAUGUCUCUUAAACUCCAGGAAACUGUCGACGUUACUGGAAGCCCUUGCAGUGCGGUUGUGUCCUUUAAAAACUAUGCCGUGCAGCUCAGACGGUGUAGAAAAGCCAUGUGGAAUUCUCCAAACUAUGCACGAACACGGGUGACUUGCUUUUGGUGACAGCACCUGAUUCCAUAUAUUCACAGAAACGUUCCCAUGUGCUGAUUUCAGCGUUUGCCUCUUGGAGCACAAACUCUUUAAUGGAUUAUCACUUUUUAUCUGAGCUGGUCCGGGCCCGGUCCAUUAUAAAAUAGAGCACGUAACACUGGUGAUUUACCGGAUGUGCUGCAGCUUUGCUGACCUCUGACCUGGCUUUACAGUCAGGACAGUUUUGGCAUCUCUUGACCCCGUUUGUUCUGUGUGAGUUACAGCUGCUGCUGUCUGUCCUGCACUCAGCGGCUGCGCUUACAAAAUGUGCACUCGCUAAGCAGAGCUCGUGCCCCGUUUCAUGCAGCGCAGUGUGCGUUAGGGCCGAUCGCCCCGGGCCAAAACACAACUCUUUCAAUUUGAAGCGACGCGAGAAUGUCAAGUUUUAAAGACUUGCGCAAAAACUUGCAUUAGACUGCAGUUGGAAUCACGUCUGUAUUAUUUUGUAAGCUUAUUAUGUAUCAUAACAUAAAUAUUUAAUACUUCAACACCAUAAAUAUAGCAACAGCAUCAGUUCAAGCGGUAAUUUGGUAUAAACUGAUAUGUUGCAGCUGGUCGCCUUUAUUUGCUGCACUGUUACUGGUUGGUUUGCUACACAAGCAUUCGUAGCUCACCUAACAAAAACACUCCUGUUUUUUUUUAAAUUGUUAUUUAUUCCAGUAUGCAAAAUAUCAUCUCAUUUUUGUUUUUGUUUGUUUUUUUACUCACUAUUAUUACCAAGCAGCAACCAGGGCUGGAAAAUGAAGCCAGUCCAUCAGUAUUACGAGCUGUGGUCUGAGGAGCUUGGAAGACUGAAGAAGCUUCUUGGAUGAGAGGUGAAACAUCUUCAGGAGACUUAAUGAAGUCCAAGCUCCUCAGACUACCAUGACCUGGAUGACUGAGAACCUACACAGACCUUAAGAGCUGUGGUUCCUCGGAUCAGUUUCUGUCAGUAUCCAGACUCGCAGGUUAAAGUCCACAUGCAGAAAUAAAUACGUUUACAGCCCCCUACACAAAGACAGUUUCUGCUUUCUAUACAGGCGUGACUUCUCUGGCCCCUACACAGACCGACCUACCUGCUAGCUGUCUGCAAGGCUCCCCUCACCUGGAGCUGUCAGGUUCCAUGAAUUGAAGCCGGACCUCUCGAUGGAGGUUGCGGUGCCCAUAUCCAGACGUUCAGUUACCAUUUAUUUGCUCUCCAUGUUACAAAAGUCUUCAGAGACUGGGGGGAACGCUCUAGUCGCCUUCGUUAACACCUCUACACGUUUUUUUAAUAAUAAAUUGUCAAAAACAAGAGUUGAUUGCUUCAAUAUGACAGUGAUUCCAAGGGCCUAAAUAUUACAUUUCACUAAUGAUCAACUAUAUGUAACAGUUGGCUAAAAAUAGUUAUUGGCUCAACAAUAACGGAUUAAAUAUCUAAAUAAUUUGCUACAAAAUAAUAAAUAAUGCACCUUCUGUCAAUUCAAAGGGUUUACGUGUGAGGACGUCAUAAAAAUCACAUUAAAAGGAUUUAAACACAGCCACAGAUGAACAACCACACAGGGCACAUUACAUCGUGUCAUUAUUUAACUAAAUCUAAGCCACAAAGCAGAAGCAGUGUGUGAAAUCCUAAAGACACGCCUUGAUUCAGCAGCUUGUAGAACCACCUUUACGUCCCACCGCAGCACCUCCGUCCGGUUGAGGUCUGGACUUUGAGUGAAUCUCCUUUCUGUGGCUGUAAAACAAGACCAAAUCUUCACGCCUCCACCACCGUGCUGACAGCAGAUAUGAGGAGCUGCGUUUAGCUUCUCCAAACCUGCCGCUCUGUGUUGUGGACAGACGUCUCUGCUUUGCUCUCAUGAUUUGUUCCAGAAGUCUCGUUUUCUUCAGCCUUGCGAACCGAAGAUGUGCAGCAAUCUUCUUUCCUCCUGGAAACCAAAACCAGCCAUGCUUCUUCAGUCUGUUUGUAAUUGUGCUGACAUGACCUUUAACCUUUAACAUGCCAACUGAGGCUUGGAGUUCCUGGAUGCUUUGCAGUUUGCAGCCUGGUCUUGGGGUGAUUUCCUGGGACGUCCUGCUGCCUCGAAUGCUUCCACUUGUGAAUAAUCUUUCUCACUGUAGAAUGGUGGACUUCAAAUUGUGAAAAGUGAGAAUGAAAAUUUCCAAGAGAGACCUGCACAAAUGUUACAACAACUACAACACAUAAGAAGUAAAAAACAAAUACAAUAUUCCACACAGACAAGUGAGCACAGGCGUGGAUGGUAUGCAACAGCAGAUCAUUAAGAGCUACAUUAAAAACAGUCACACUGACUAAAAGAGCUGACAUUUCUGACAAUGUCAGCUCUUUCUGUAGAUUAUUCCAGAUUAAACGGGAAUAAUGCCUUUUUUCCCCACUCUGUCCUGAUUCUCAGGACAAUCCUUUAUAUGACGCUGUGAGAGCGAACGCUCUAUUGGUUGUGGCUUUUACACAUAUAAACACACAAAUAAGAGGAAACCAGCCCAGGCAGAGUCUGACCUCACAACCCUUGUCAGGUCACUGCUGAUGUCGUUCCUCCUUGGUAUUGUGUUAACAGACCAGCAAACUGCCAAAGUUUGCACACUUGCUGAUGAUCAGUUAAUCGAGUGCAUCUGACUCUCAGUACCAGGCUGCUAAACCGCUUAUUUCCCAUGGAAGCAGUGAGGGUGCAUCUAGUGUUUCACACGCUGCUUCUGCCUCAGGGUUUAGUUUCUGUGAAAGAAACAA